AUGCUGAGUCUGCUGGUGCUGGCACUGCCCCUCCUGCUGAGCCCAGGCCACGAGGCCCCUGCCUUGAGCCAAGACCUGGAGAGAGUGGGCAUCGUGGGAGGACAAGAGGCCCCUGAAAACAAGUGGCCCUGGCAGGUGAGCCUGAGACUCCUACGAGACGAAUACUGGCAACACUUCUGCGGAGGCUCCCUCAUCCACCCCCAGUGGGUGCUGACCGCCGCACACUGCCUGGGACCGGAAAUCAAAGAUCCCGCAAACCUGAGGGUGCAGCUGCGGGAGCAGCACCUCUAUUACCGGGACAAGCUGCUGCCCAUCAACCGGAUCAUCGUGCACCCCAGCUACUAUGAUAUCGUGGAGGGGUUUGACAUCGCCCUGAUGGAGCUGGAGGAUCCUGUGAAUAUUUCCUGUAAUGUCCAGCCGGUCACUCUGCCCCCUGCUUCGGAGACCUUCCCCCCAGGGACCCCGUGCUGGGUAACAGGCUGGGGUGAUGUGCAUGAGAAAAAACAUCUCCCCCCGCCAUUCCCCCUGAAAGAGGUGAAGGUUCCCAUAGUGGAAAACAGCAAAUGUGACGCGGAAUACCACACUGGCCUGUACACGGGGGACAAUAUCCAGAUUGUCAAGGACAACGUGAUCUGUGCUGGGGACCAGGAGAGUGACUCCUGCCAGGGCGACUCUGGAGGGCCCCUGGUCUGCAAGGUCAACGGCACCUGGAUGCAGGCGGGUGUGGUCAGCUGGGGUGACGGCUGUGCCCGACCCAAUAGGCCCGGCAUCUACACCCGUGUCACCUCCUACCUGCACUGGAUCCACCAGUACGUCCCCAAGGAGCCCUGA